UCCAGUGAGUUUUUUGGGAAAGUCAUAAAUAGAAAUAAAUCUGGAUGUUGCUCAGGUCCUGAUUAAGCCAGAAGGAGACAUGUGGUGCGCAGCGCGUGACUUGGGAUAGGAUCAGGUGUUACUUGCAUUUAUUUGGAAGCGAAAGUGAAAGCGGUUUAUUUGCAUGGCGGUUUGUUGGAGCUCUGGAUGCACGUCUUUGAAACUGGGUCUAUAAUGAUUACUGCUUUUAGUGGAUUUUUUCUUGUUCUGGUGUUUUCAGCAGGUGUAUAUGGUGCUCAGGCAUUCAAUGAUGUCCAGUGGUUGCUGUGUCAGUUUCUGGAUGAGACGGAAAAAAUAAAUGAUGAGGGGGUUAAAGAAAUCAAGUACCACCAUCGAGGUGCAGGACUGCAGUUUGGGAAUUCAGGAGACAGUGCUGUAAACUCCAAUGCUAUCACCUUCCUUGUCACAACAUCAAAGGUGGAUAUGAGGCAUUAUAUGGAAGGUGGUGCGGACUCGCUGGAAUGUGAGAUCCAGAGAUAUAACACUAAAGGGACUGUAAUGCGCUGGCCAGGUUUUGGUGCACAGGAACAUGAUGUCUGGUUCAUAUGUAAUCUCCGCCAUCGUCAGAGCUUGUUUCACCUCACCACCUUUCUCAGACACACACCUGCACAGGAAGGCAUUCAGAAGAUUGAAAUUGGAGACAGAGAGCUUCUGACCACUUCAGCUACGAUGAUUGUCCUGACACGCACACCUGUCAUUCAUGUGGGCCUCAUGAAGGAGCAGACCCUGCACUGUCAGUUCGCUGUGGACCACAAGCAGGCAAGUGUGACCGUGGACUGGGUGCUGCAACGGCAUGGCGAGCGCCACAAACUCUUCAGCUACACGAGCCGCACAGGCAAGCAUGAAGGCAGCGGAGUGUCUGUGAAAACUCUUGCAACAGGAGAUGCCUCUCUGAAAAUCCCACUCACAAAGCAGACUAGCGAGGGCACAUACACCUGCUCUGUGUUCAUCCCACCACUCCACUUCAACAGUGACAUUUCCCUCAACAUUCAAGAAUCACCACGUGUAACAGUGAACGUCGGCACAACCUUGUCUUUAACCCUGGGUCAGGAUCAGAAGGUGGUGUGUGAUGCUCAGGGCUACUACCCCCUCGAUGUGACCAUUGACUGGCUGCGAGAGUCGGUGGGAUCAGGCCUCCUGCCUGAGGUUAUGAAGAACGUUCUGUACUCCAGCCACCGCCACAGUCAGGAUGGCACAUACUCGCUCACAGCCUUCUUCCUGCUCAGUCCUGACCUUGAGGAUUCUGGGUACAAGUACACAUGCCGGGUGCAACAUCAGUCUCUGCGCACACCGAUCCGCAAGAGCUUCACGCUCAUUGUCACAGAGCCAGACUCUACACUAUGGUACCUUGCAGUGUUUGGAUUCAUAAUUGUCAUGAUAGGAAUUCUCAUAUGGCUGGUGCCCCAGUUUGUUAAGGCAGAAAGACGCAAGAGGUUCUGAGGGCCCAUGCCAAAGAAGUUAUAGCUCCACUCCAUGGAGACAGACAACACCAUAUCCCUCUCUCUACCUCUUCCUCCUCCCUCUCCUUCCACCUCCCCUGUGGAACCUGCUACAUCUCUGGAAAAGCUAAGAAGUUGUUGUAAAGUUGUCUGAUCUCAUGGUUUAUGAGAGUAUUUACAAUCACUAAUGGAGCCACAUGUGAGGAAUAACAAAGUCCACUGAAGCUAAUUGAAAGACUGUUGCCAGGAUGAUGUUUUUAAGUAAAUUCACCUAUUGUUUCUCAAAUGAAACUGCUGUUGGAACUUCCAUUGUUUUCACCAUGGUUCAUUAAUAAUAAAAAUAACAAUAAUUAUACGUGAAA